GGGCGGGUCUGGGGAUCCCGGCCGCUCUCGGCAACCCGCCGCGGGUCCUAAGCUCCAGGCAUCCCUGGGGGAAGCCGCGGGGAGAUGCCGGCCUCUUGCCCGCGGAAGCUCCGGGUCCUCCGACUCGGGUGACCGAACCAGAUCCAGCUCUGGUCGGAUAGAAGAGCAACUGCGCUACGUUUCCUGUUCCCGCUUCAGGAAAUCGGUUAAUCAUGGGAUCACAGGAAAUGCCCAGAGACGUGUUCCACUGUGUGGGAAUCCUAUUUUUCCUCCUGGGCUUGGGGACUCUUCUUCCGUGGAAUUUUUUCAUCACAGCCAUUCCGUAUUUCGAGGCCAGGCUCAUGGGGAACUGCUCUGCCGGAGCGACUGAGAAUCAGACAGCCUUGAACCCCCAACCGGGGUCCGCCUGCAAAGACGAAUUCAGCUUCAGUAACUGGCUGACCCUCCUUUCUCAGUUGCCUUUGCUGCUUUUCACCUUUCUCAACUCCAUCCUCUAUCGCUGCAUUUCGGACAAAGUGCGCAUUUUGGGCAGUUUGGCAGGAAUUCUGCUCCUCUUUGUGCUGACCACCAUCUUGGUUAAGGUGAAGAUGUCACCGCAGAGUUUCUUCUCCAUCACCAUGGCAAGCGUUUGGUUCAUUAACUCCUUCUGUGCCGUUCUGCAAGGGAGUCUUUUCGGCCUGCUGGGGUCUUUCCCGCAAAGAUACAGCACCCUUUUUCUCAGCGGUCAAGGAAUGGCGGGAACGUUUGCGGCCAUCGCCAUGUUGCUUUCCUUGGCCAGUGGCUUGGACCGACUGUCUUCUGCCCUGAUCUAUUUCGUUACCCCCUGUGUUGGGACCUUCGUUUCUAUUGCCUGUUAUCUCUUGCUGCCCCAUCAGACCUUCACUCGUUACUAUCUGGAGAAAAGACCACCAGGAGAUUCGGGAUGUGAAUUGGAGACCAAGGCAGGCCUCCUUUCGCUAGAGAACGGCUCCGCUCUUGUGGCAGACAGUUCCAAAGGAGAAUCGCUCAACAUGAAGAAUGGGAACGCCGUGGUCCUGGAGAAGUUUGGCUCGGCUUGCCCGCCAGAAGUCAUGAAUGGAGGCAGUGGGGUGGGCGUGGUUGCCCCUGACCCCUCCCUUUUCAGUGUGCUCAAGAAGAUUUGGCUACUGGCCCUCUCCAUCGUGAUGGACUUCUCCAUUACCCUCUCGGUGUUUCCGGCCAUUACCACGAGAAUUGUCAGCUCUUCUCAGGAUCAGUCUUGGCAGAAGUACUUCACUCCCGUUUGCUGCUUCCUUCUCUUCAACGUCAUGGACUGGUUGGGGCGGAGUUCCACUUCCUACUUCCUCUGGCCGCAGAAGCACCUUCGGCUCCUUCCCGUCGCGGUGGGACUCCGAGUCUUCCUCAUCCCCUUGUUUCUCUUCUGCAACAUCCAGAACCAGACCGAGUGGCUUGUGCUCUUCCGCCACGACGCCUGGUUUGUCGUCCUGAUGGUGGUUUUUUCUCUCUCCAAUGGCUACUUCGUCUCCCUCACCAUGUGCCUGGCACCCAAGCAGGUCCAGCCGGAAGAGAGUGAGCUGGCGGGGGCCAUCAUGACGUUUUUCCUGGCCUUGGGACUUUCCUGUGGGGCCGCCCUCUCCUUCCUCCUCAAAUUGCUCCUUUGAUGGCCUCCCUCCUAUCCCUCCGACACCCGGCAACAGCAUAAAGAUUGCAAAGAUUUUGACUCCGUAUCUGUUGAAGGCUUCAAGGCCAACGAUUUUCCUCCAAGCCCCCUCUAUUGUGGCAGCUAAAGAAACUUCCCUCCGUGAUGAGGACACACUGAAUUUAUUGGGCCAUAACCCUUUCUCCAAGGUCUCC